AAAGUGGAUGGUGCCAAACAACUCGCAGAGGCGCAAAAGUAGCAGCUCUGCUUCUGGAGCCCAGACGAAGAGGAGAGAGCUCCAGGGCGCUCAGGACGCGCGGGAGAAUCUUUCCCACAGCUUUCUGCCUAAGGAAGGGUUCGGCUUUCCGGCGUGCCCCCGAGGCUUUCAGCUCAUCCGGAACCAAGGGACGGGCAAUUAUAGAGAAGGUGCUUGCAGAGGAGACCCGUCCUAAAAAGUGAGCCUGAUACUUGAUUUGCAAAACCAGAAACACUCCCGACUGCGGCCGCAGCAGCAAGACUAAGAAAGGUGAAAUUGCUGAAGGACCAGCUCCUCUCUGGGUCUCCCAACUGGCAUGGCAUCUGUCCUGGGGAGUGGCAGAGGGUCUGGAGGGCUAAGCAGUCAACUCAAAUGCAAGUCCAAGAGGAGGAGGAGGAGGAGGUCCAAGAGGAAAGACAAAGUCAGCAUACUGUCAACCUUCCUUGCGCCUUUCAAGUACCUAAGUCCUGGCACUACAAACACAGAGGAUGAAGAUAACCUAAGUACCAGCAGUGCUGAAGUGAAGGAAAACCGAAAUGUGAGCAACCUGGGGACCAGGCCCCUGCCCCCUGGAGACUGGGCCAGAGGCAGCACACCCAGCGUUAAAAGGAAAAGGCCGCUGGAGGAAGGAAAUGGGGGACAUUUCUGCAAACUCCAGCUGAUCUGGAAGAAGCUCUCCUGGUCUAUGACACCCAAAAAUGCGCUGGUCCAGCUGCAUGAGCUGAAGCCUGGUCUGCAGUACCGAAUGGUGUCACAGACUGGCCCAGUGCACGCCCCAGUUUUCGCAGUGGCUGUAGAAGUGAACGGGCUCACAUUUGAAGGCACGGGGCCCACUAAGAAGAAGGCCAAGAUGCGGGCAGCAGAAAUGGCCCUGAAGUCCUUUGUGCAGUUCCCCAAUGCCUUCCAGGCCCACCUGGCCAUGGGCAGUAGUACCAGCCCGUGCACUGACUUCACCUCUGACCAGGCUGACUUCCCAGACACGUUGUUCAAGGAGUUUGAACCAUCCUCAAAAAACGAAGACUUCCCAGGCUGUCGUCCCGUUGAUACUGAGUUUCUGUCCUCUGCCUACCGGCGAGGACGGCUACUCUACCACACCCUGGACCUCGUGGGCCAGGCUCUGCCUGACAGGUCCAGGCUGGCUCCGGGAGCCUUGGGUGAGAGGAACCCUGUAGUGGUACUGAAUGAGUUACGCUCAGGUCUUCGGUAUGUGUGCCUCUCCGAGACAGCAGAGAAGCCCCGAGUCAAGAGCUUUGUCAUGGCUGUGUGCGUGGAUGGGAGGACGUUCGAAGGCUCUGGACGCAGCAAGAAGCUGGCCAAGGGCCAAGCAGCACAAGCUGCCUUGCAGGCCCUCUUCGAUAUCCGGCUGCCUGGUCACAUACCCAGCAGGAGUAAAAGCAACCUCUUGCCACAGGAUUUUGCAGACUCUGUGUCCCAGCUGGUCACACAGAAGUUCCGUGAACUGACAGUCGGCCUGACAUCUGUGUAUGCCCGCCACAAAACACUGGCAGGAAUCGUCAUGACCAAAGGCUUGGACACCAAACAAGCGCAGGUCAUCGUUCUGUCCUCUGGGACCAAGUGUAUCAGCGGUGAGCACAUCAGUGACCAGGGGCUGGUUGUCAACGACUGUCAUGCGGAGAUCGUGGCCAGGCGGGCAUUUCUUCACUUCCUCUACUCUCAGCUGGAGCUGCACUUGAGCAAGCAUCAAGAGGACCCCGAGAGAUCAAUAUUCAUACGUUUAAAGGAAGGAGGUUACAGGCUGCGAGAAAACAUCCUCUUCCAUCUCUACGUGAGCACAUCCCCCUGUGGAGAUGCCAGAGUCAACUCUCCAUAUGAAAUCACCACAGACUUGAACAGCAGCAAACACAUCGUCAGGAAGUUCCGAGGGCACCUGCGCACCAAGAUUGAGUCUGGGGAAGGAACAGUCCCUGUGCGGGGCCCCAGUGCAGUCCAGACGUGGGAUGGCAUCCUAUUGGGGGAGCAGCUAAUCACCAUGUCCUGCACAGACAAGAUUGCCAGCUGGAAUGUGCUGGGACUACAAGGCGCUCUCCUCUGUCACUUCAUCGAGCCUGUGUACCUCCACAGCAUCAUUGUGGGCAGCCUGCACCACACGGGCCAUCUUGCACGGGUCAUGAGCCACAGGAUGGAGGGCAUCGGCCAGCUGCCUGCCUCAUACCGACAAAACAGGCCUCUCCUUAGUGGCGUGAGUCACGCAGAGGCCCGGCAGCCAGGAAAGUCUCCCCACUUCAGUGCCAACUGGAUCGUAGGCAGCACCGACCUGGAGAUCAUUAAUGCCACCACUGGGAAGAGGAGCUGUGGGGGCUCAUCCCGGCUCUGCAAACACGUGUUUUCUGCUUGGUGGGCACGGCUGCAUGGUAGGCUAAGCACACGGAUACCCGGCCAUGGAGACACACCAUCCAUGUACUGUGAGGCCAAGCAGGGGGCUCACACCUACCAGUCUGUUAAACAGCAGCUCUUCAAGGCCUUUCAGAAAGCUGGUCUUGGCACCUGGGUGAGAAAACCACCGGAGCAAGAUCAGUUUCCACUCAGUCUCUAAGUCCCUAGGCUCCUUCGCUAUUGGACCAGAGGGAGAUGCCUGGAGAGGAUGAAGCCGUAUGAUGGUGUGGUGUGUCCAUCGGUUCUUGACCUUUGCUCUCCUUUACUGUUCAGGAACAUGUGGCUCCAUGUAUGGAUGCGAGAUUAGGUUUGAGUUUGGGUCGGGCUGCUUCUCCCUGGGCUGUUAGUUCCAAGAACCCCAUCCACCAUAGCUAGAGAGAGAAGCAUUGUUGUGUCAGCCCCAUCCCUUACUGGGUAUCAAAAGGAAAUUCUCUGUUCAGGCAAGGGAGUCCAGAGGCAAGACUGAAAGGUAGUACUAAAGUGUAGCUUCAUGCAUCUUCCUCUAGGCCUCCCUUCCCUUCUCUUCCAAGGGCCUCUCUAGUGGUGUGAUCAAGUCUCACCAGCACAAGUUUAUAUGACAUUUCAAGAUAAGCCACAGGUGAACAGGAAAGCCAGGACCUCCCCAACUCCAAAGAACCCAACAGGAAUGCUGUAUUGUUCUCAUUAUUCAUUCAGACCUUUCCAAUUUGUUUCAAGAAGAACUUGAGACAGACACUGUCAAAGAGCAGCCAAAGUGAAAGCUAUACUUAUGACACAAAGGGAUAGUUACCUAAGACAGGAAAGAGUCAUAAUUGAUGAGCUAAGAAAACUGUUCUUAAACUGCUCAACGAUAGUAUGUUGCAAACAAACCCAAGCCUUUCUAGUUGAUGACAACCUCUCCAUUGCUUUUAUAGAUAAUGAUAGCCAGAGAAGUGACAACUGUAGGGUGAUUAACCACUACCCAAUAAUCUCUCUACUAGGUAUGAGUAAUGAAACUGAGUCUUAGAUCAAAUUCUAAAUUUUAAGUGAAUUUUUAUUAGAAAGAAAUCUCACACACACACACACACACACACACACACACACACCACUUAGUGCAAUCUUUAGGUUUGAGGAGCUGCAUGCUCUCUGUCAUUUUAGGUCUCUUGAUCAUCAUGUCGCAUGAAUAAAACAAUAAUAACAACAAAAAUAAUGAUGACUUACCAUAGCUGACAAAAUUAAAGGGACAGAAUCAUGCCACUUUUAGAACGGACAUUAGAGUUCAUCGGUAGACAUAUAUUUCUUUAAUAUUUAGCCUACAUCAUCAUCAUCUCUAAGAGGAAAACAAAAUACAGACAAGAGGAGGCAUGUUGCCAACCAAUCUUUCUUGAACUAAUUGUCUUUAAACACUUGGAGCUCAUUUCUAACAUUCAUCAAGCUAGUUAACAUGUGUCUAAUCCUUUCUAUUGAAUCCCAUGUGCCGGGCUGGAGAGAUGGCUCAGCAGUUAGGAGCUUUCUGCUUCUAUAGAAGACUCUGGUUGAGUUCCCAGCUUCCACAUGGCAGCUUACAACCAUCCAUAACUCCAGCUCCAGCAGCUCCACACAUCCAUGCAGUGCACCUACAUAAAUGUGGGCAAAUUAUCAUAGACAUAAAGUUAAAAUAAAUAAAUCCUUUUUAAUCCCAUCUAAGAUGCAUUGCGGAUUUCUGUUUCAUUUUGUUUUGUUUUUAAAGAAUAUGAGGAACCAUGUUUAGAAUAUGGGAGUCUUGAUUAGAAUUCCAGUUCAUCGGUCCCCAAUAAAAUUCAACCAUUACAUCA